AUGAACCUCGGCUUCCAGAUUCUGUUCUCUGUCCGCCAAAUCCUGAAGCCGUUCCUCCACCGCUGCUUUGGUCUUCAUGCCCUCUUUAUGGUCUUGAGGUGGUUCUUCUACCUCACUGGCCUGAGCAUCAUGACCGCCAUCAGCUUCCAGCGCUGUCUGUCCGUCCUCUUCCCUAUCUGGUAUCGGUGUCAUUGCCCCAAGCACCUGUCGGCCAUCGUGAGCGCCCUCCUUUGGAUUCUGACCUUUUUGUUAAACACGCUGAGAGGUUAUGCCUGCGGUCAGUUAUUCACCAAAGAGAAAAAGUUCUGUGAUGGAUUUAAUACUGCCACCGCUGUGUCGGUCUUCCUCCAGUUCGCCGUCCUGGGCAUAUCCAGUCUGCUGUUGCUCCGCCGAGUCCAGGCCAGCUCCCAGAAGCAUCAGCCCAGAAAGUUCUACCUGGUCCUCCUGCUCUCGUUCCUGGGCUUCCUCUUCGGCCUGCCCCUCAGUGUCAUCCGGUUCUAUACAACUGAGAAAAAAAAUCCCAUCUUCAAUGACAUCUGUGUCCUCCUGUGCUGCGUCAACAGCACGGCCAACCCUGCCGUUUACUUCUUCAUCGGGGGCCUUCAGAGGGAGCGGCCCACGGAGAGCCUCAAGGCAGUCCUUCAGAGAGCCCUGGGUGAGGAGACAGAGGAUGCCGAGGACCAGAAAGUGAUUCCAGCGGGCAAGACGGAGAGCGUGGGCCUCUGAUGGAUGGUGGGGGGGGUUGGCUCCCAGUGGAUCAGUGGCCCUGGGGGCUCGGUCCCUACAGUCUCGUGGCGGUCACCAUGCCUCACCACCAGCAGGAUAGAGGUGCCCAAGUCAGCACCCCCAAAGAGCUCCCUUCCCAGCCUCCUGUCUGUGUAAAAACUGAGAGCAGAUCACCAGAAGUAGGUGUGUAUGUGCGUAUGAAACCAAAUGCACACGUUUCAGCCUUUUGCUUGUGCUCAGUCGCUCAAUCAUGUCCGACUCUUUGCGACCCCGUGGACUGCAGUCCGCCAGGCUCCUCUGUGCAUGGGAUUCUCCAGGCAAGAAUACUGGAGUGGGUUGCCAUUCCUUUCUCCAGGGGAUCUUCCCCACCCAGGGAUUGAACUCAGGUCUCUUGUGACUCCUGCAUUGACAGAUGGAUUCUUUACCUCUGAGCCGCUGGGGAAUCCCAUUGAGCCUUUCAAAACCUGUCAAAUUAUCCUUCAGAAAGUUCAUGAAGUCACACUGACCAGCCUCAGAAGGUCGACUUUAACAUCUGACUUAUUGUGAAAGUUCUACCUGUUUCCAGGUUGGGAUGCAAAAUUCAUCUUGGGUAAAGCCUGGGCCUUCGAGAUGAUGUGCCUUUGUCCUCUGCCCAUUUUUAUGGCAUCUUCUGGGGUCUGAACACACUGCUUUUGUUGUUUUCUUCCUUGACUUUAAGUGGAUCUACUUUCUGGAAUGUGUGAUCUCUCUCAAAGUCCUCUCCUUCUAUCUUUAGAAAUCCAGCAAAAUAAAGCUUUGAGACCAGUGCUAUCUGGGGGACAAUG